AUGCGGGCACGGCCCCUGACGGCGGCGCGUGAGGACGUGCCAGAGUCCGAGGUUGUGGACUUCGCAGUCGAGCUGCUGCGCGCUGCAGAGCACUGCCCAGAGCGCGAUGCGGGCACAAUCCUGAGCGGCCCGUGGCUGGGGUGGCAGUCGGGCUCCGACCUCGCCCCGGCCCCGCUGCGCAAGGCCGACCCCGGCGCGCCCGCGCCGUCCGCGCACGCGGCGCUGCGCGCGCCGGCCGGCGCGGGCGGCGUCGUCGUGGCGCGCGUGCGGGCGCUGAUGCAAAGGAUGGCGGCGGCGCCCAGGGACGAGCCGCCGCCGUGGGGGGCGCGGGUGGUGACGAAGCGGACGUGCAAGCUUGUGGCGCAGGCCGGCGGCGGGGACAUUGGAAUGACCUGGGGCGCCUAUAAAUGGGCUGUCCGGUCGGGGGAAACAGUGCCGCCGCAGCAGGGCGCAGUCGGGGUUGCCGGGGACAACGAAGAGUGGGAGGAGUCGGACGCGGUUGUGGGAUAG